GGCUACAUCAGCACGCAGACGCUAUAUCCCCUGUGCCCUCUACUUCGAUUUACGAUUUCAAGAUGAAAUUCACUGCUACAAUUGGGACUUUGAUGUUCAGCCUAUCAGCCUCUGUCAGUGCGGCUGUAACUGGGAACUGUACGCCAGGCAUGAAUUACUGUCAAGUCGUGCUUGACGAUGUUGGCGGCAACCAGGAUGCGAUGCAUGAUGCGAUAGUCCGAUGGGGUUCCCCUGAAGCCGCUCGCUACCCAGGUGUCUGGGGUAGUUACCUGUUCCAUUGCAAUGCCGACAAAUCACUUAGUGUUGUUGAGGAAUGCCGUAUCAUCUGUAUCAACAGUGGCGCUGGAAAGAGUGACGUCUGUGAUAACCCGGUGUAGAUGGUGCAACAGAUGAGGGUGAAGCAUGUGGCCAUGAGUAGAUUGCGGAUUAGGCAGUUAUUUGUCCAUCAUGUAUCCAGAUAUUGAUCGUGG